AUGAAACGACUCUGGAUCCACCACCAACGCACACCUCCGUACGCUCCUCAAUGCAACCCGGUGGAACGCGCUAACCGCACACUAAAAACAAUGAUCGCGCAGUUCGUCGGGGCCAAUCACCGAGCCUGGCAUCGCCAAUUGCCCGAACUGGUGUUCGCAGCAAACACCGCCGUACAUGAAGGCACCGGAUACACCCCGGCCUCCUUGACCUAUGGACGGGAGCUGCCGACCCCCGGAAGCGUACGACUGGAACACGAGGACGAGGACGAGGGAGAAGCCGAACCGCACCCCAACAGACAGCCCCGAGCCAAGCGGCUCGGACAUAUGCGAGACGCAUACCAAAUGGCCACCCUCCGGCAACAAGAGGCCACCGAGCGGCAGGGCCGUUAUUACAACUUACGACGCCGAGACUGGCGGCCGGAAGCCGGGGACGCGGUCAUGAAGCGCGAGCAUCCGCUAUCCAACGCCGCAGAAAAUUUCGCGGGUAAACUCGCGCCGAAAUACACCGGCCCAUAUAUGGUACGAAGAAUUGUAUCGCCGGUUAUCGUACAGCUUGAAGAAAACGGUCGGAAUCUCGGGAAUGUACACAUCAAAGACCUCAAGAAGUACGGACAAGAGUAA